CAGCAAGCAAGUACAGCGCCAGGCAUCACAACAUCACGACUACGUCGUCGUCCAUUUUGUGCCUUUCUGCUGUCGUUCACGACUGUAUAUCCUCGGGUGGACGAUCAGCGUCCUUUUGUCAUUCCUUUUUCGUUACUCUUGUGUUGGUAACAUUCUCCAGAAUCAUCAUGGCUGAGGAAACAUUUGAAGCCGUUGGGUCUGGUGCCUCUACCACCUAUCCCCAGCAAUGUUCUGCCCUCCGCAAGAACGGUCACGUUGUGCUGAAGGGUCGCCCAUGCAAAAUUGUGGAAAUGUCCACCUCCAAGACUGGCAAGCACGGCCACGCCAAGGUCCACAUGGUCGGCAUUGACCUUUUCACCCAAAAGAAAUAUGAAGAUAUCUGUCCCUCAACUCAUAACAUGGAUGUACCACAUGUCUCCCGUAAUGACUUUCAGCUUCUUGACAUUGACGAUGAAGGCUUCAUGUCGUUGAUGAAUGAAGCUGGCGAUACACGCGAGGAUCUCAAGGCACCUGAAAGUGAGCUCGGAAAAGAUAUCCGUGAGCGCUUUGGCAAGGGUGAAGAUAUUCUUAUCACUAUCAUGAAGGCCAUGGCUGACGAGGCUGCUGUUGGCUUGAAGAACGCUAAGGCAUAAACGGCUUCCGUUCAGCAUCAUUUCAUGAAGUUUGGAUUGACCAAGCAUCGUUGAUAUUCCAUAACCAUGAAGGUGUGAGAAGCCUUCUAGGCCUCGCCUGGGUUUUUUUACUCGGUCAAUAUUUUGCCCUAUUGACCACUUUAACCUGUCAAUAUUCGAUUCGUGUCCAACCCAACGCUUAGUGCUUGCUAUUUUUUGCCUCAUGAAAUGUGUUCUUAUGCCCAAAUGUUGCAGUUGUAGACGGGCACUUGGUACAGCUUUGUACAGUGCUUUGUGUGUUGUGGGGUCCCCUGUGCUUGGUGUGAAUGCAUCUCACAUCAAGAUCCCUCAAAUCCGUCGUGCGGGUGUCCUUUAGCGCGAGUUCAUACUGGUGGUGAAGGGUUCGGGCUCUGUUCCUCAUUUUUUACUGCCUGAUUCUGUUACAGAGGGUAUGAAGAUCUGCUGAAGUUCUGUUGCUCAGUUGUCUCACACUUCCAAGAGCCUGUCUAGUGUCAGGUCAGACUGCCAUGUUGUCUCUUGGGCAGCAUUUUCUUCAAACACUAUCACAUGCGUGCUCAUGUUCUGAUUAAGGUGUUGAACUGUGUUUAGUA